GGCUCUCACCAAAAGAUGUUGAGGAUAACGACGAAGGAGAAACUUUUCACUCACCCAAAGCCCGCUUUUUACGAAACCCCGCCCCCGUCUCCUCAUAGGCUCUGCCCAGACCAGGGACGGCCCCCCACCCUCCUCGCCAAUCGAUCGCUCCUCGCGCCUGCGCAAGCACCGCCCAGAUCCCCGCCCCAGGUACGGCCCCGAGGCUGUGUCGGGCGGUUAGGUGAGGCGGGAGGUUUUUUUUUUUUAACUGGCCCGCCCGCCAUGACGAUCACCUACAGCUGUAUUGCUAAUGGCCGAGCGGUCCUAGCGGAGCUGUCCCUGACCGGCGGCUCCUAUCAGGAAGCAGCGGCAACAGUGCUUCGACUGGUGCUUCUUAGAGCUGAGCCAAAGACCAUAAUGCAGAUGGGAAGCUUUGUCUACCAUACUCUCUUUAUUGAUGGAAUCACUUACCUAUGUGCCACAGACAAUGCCUUGGAUACUAUAACACCAUCUGCAUUUCUUAAAAACGUUAGCGACACUUUUCUGAGAAAUCCUUUGAUGUCACAAGAACAUUUUUCUCCUUCAAAUGCAGUUGCUGCAGAUUUUCAACAAGUAUUAGGGAAGUAUAUGAUGCAAUACAAUAAAAAUCAAGGUGAUAGCUCAAUAUCUACACUGAGGAGCCAAGUAACUGAAGUAAAAAAUAUUAUGUCCAAAAAUAUUGAUGAAAUUUUGGAAAAUGAAGAAAGAUUGAAUAUCUUCACUGAUAAAACCGAUGAUCUCCAAACAACUGCCAAAGAGUCCCAAAAAACAAGAAAGAUUCUCAGGAGGAUAUGGUGGAAACACUUCAGAAAGAUUAUAAUCAUCACCGUGGUAAUUCUCCUCUCAAUCAUCAUCAUUCUUUUAAGUACAAAUGUAAUACCAACCUGACCCUGACCCUUUUUCUCCCCAUCCCCAGCAGUUACCAAUAAAUUGUGUGUAAAUAGAGAGUUCUACAAUCAACAAUUAUGAAAUAGCAUUCCCCAGUGGUGGGAAGACUGAAGGAAGAGGGUUUUGGAAGUUUUUCCUUGUCCUUGUAGUGUGCUUUAUUAAUUUUCGUACCUCUUCCAUUUCUGUAAUGCUGCCAGUUUUUUCCCCACUGCUCCAGCUACUUCCCCAGCCUCUCUGCCCUUUGUUAAGAUUAAAAGCACAAACCCUGGAAUCAGACCACUGAAGUUUAACUCUCCACCCUGCAAGAUACCAUCAGGUGACUUUGGACAAGUUGUUUAACCUGUGCCUGUUUCCUCAUCUGUAAAAGGGAGCUAGUAAUAAUACCACAAAGAAUUAUGUCUACCACAUAGUAAAUGCUAUUUAAGUGUUAACUAUUACUUAACAGGAAAAAAAUGAUUGCAUUUUUGGCAUUAAAUCCCUAAUAUUUUCCUUCUUACUCAGAAGAAAAAUGACUGUGAUCUCAUUAAUUCCCUUAGAAAUAGAAGUCUUGUGGUGCCUGGGUGGCUCAAUUGGUUGAGUGUCCAACUCUUGAUUUUGGCUCAGGUCAUAAUCCCAGGGUCAUGGGAUCGAGCCUGACAUUGGACUCUGUACUGAGCAUGGAACCUGCUUAAGAUUCUGUCUCUCCCUCUCUCUUUGCCCCUCCCUUGCUCUCUCUCUCUAAAAUUAAAUACAAAUAAAAAUUGACUCUUCACAUGAGUACACAGUCCAGAAAUAAACAUUCACCUCUUCCACAGAUUCUUUCAUUUGAAAUGACUACUCACACCAUUGUUUUAUACUAGACAUUUCCUUGGGUAACGAUUUUAAAAUUAGGAAGCUGUAUUGUAUCUCCAAUAAACCUGGAGAUUUCCUGUCCCAUUUUACCACCCUAAUAGCUUUCCCCCUACAUUUCACUCAAUAACCUCAAACCACUAAGAUAUCUAAUAACCAAAACAUCCAGCUUCACUUUGCAGUUGGUAACAAGGUAUCAUGAGGUGUUUCUUAAAUGGGAACUUGAGGUCUAAAGUCAGUUUUAAAAAUCACUUAGUGAUCCAUGGGGAAGAGUAAAAACAUGGGUUCCUAUCUGGUAGAUAGCUCAUUUUAAUUCUAAUGAUCAAGUAUCAGCACUUUAAAUAGACACCAAGCUUGUUAUUCCUCCAGCACAGUAUCACCUUUCCAUGCACAAAGUAUUUUUAAAGGAUUUUAAAUGUUAGAAACUUUAGAGUUUCUGUAGUUUAUGUCAGGAAAAAACAGGUGUUAUAUUGAAUAUGUACUCUGAUAUAAUGCACUAAGUGCUUUGGAGGAGGAAUGUCUCAUUAAUUUUACAAUGACAUAAAGAAGUAAAAACUAUUUUUAACGUUUAUUUAUUCUUGAGACAGAGACAGAGCAUGAACGGGGGAGGGUCAGAGAGAGGGAGACACAGAAUCUGAAACAGGCUCCAGGCUCUGAGCUGUCAGCACAGAGACCGACACGGGGCUCGAACUCAUGGACCGCAAGAUCAUGACCUGAGCCGAAGUCGGCCGCCUAACCGACUGAGCCACCCAGGCGCCCCUAUUAAGUAUAAUGUAAGGCACAUAGAAAAGUGCUGUGUAAAUAUUCGCUCAUAUUAUCUUUAUUUUGCAGAUCAGAAAAUAGCCAAGUUCAAUGACAUGUUCAAAGUCACACACCUAGAAAGCUGAGAUUUUAUGAAUUCAAGUCCUGGCUGUUGUAUAUAGGAAAUCUGUAUCUUUAACUCAGAGUAUAUUAUCUGACCCCUCAAUUGUGGUCCAGAUAAGACACAUGGGAGUAUUUUUGCUUUUUGUAGGUGGU